AAGUGUUAUUUACCCAAGAAAUUAAUCUUUUUUUCACUUGUACACAGGAAACUAAUAAUCUACCCUAAUGGAGACGACAUUGGAAAAAGCUGCGACCAUAUUUCCGUACACUUAUCUAUCGCGGACACAAAUUCUCUUCCUGCAAAUGGGGAGGUCAAUGCUGUUUUCAGCAUCUUUCUCUUUAAUCACAAUUCCGGCAAUUUUCUUGCUUCACAAGGUAUUUAUUGUUCUUUUUGUUAGUGUUGUAAGAAAAUUAGAUAAAAUUUAGUAUGAGGAAAAUACUUAAUUGCACAGGAAUAACAAGACGUUUUCGAGGACUCAAGUCUCAAUGGGGCUUUUCAAAAUUUAUCUCUAAGAAAACCCUAUUGGAUCCAUCAAACGGAUAUCUAGGUGAUGACAUCUGCGUGUUUGGUGCUGAGGUUUUCAUAGUCAAAAGAGAGGCGGUCACCGAAUGUUUGUCUUUGAAGAAUGUGUAUAGUGAACACUACAAGCACGAGUUUAAGAUUUCAAACUUCUCCGAACUGGAGAACGUUUGGCAUUCUGAAGAAUUCAACGUUGGAUGCCACAUAUGGUACCAUUUUCUAGCAUUGAAUGUUGGUCUUUACCCAAAAGGAGCUCAAGAAGGAACUAGCAGCCACGUCGGCAUCUCUUUGCUCUAUAAUUGGGGAUUCUUUAAAUUCAUUGAUAUUGCUACUAUUAAUGAUCCUGGAAAAGGAUUCAUCGUGAAUGACUGUUGCAUUCUAACUUUAGAAAUCUCCAUCCUAGCUGUUGUACAAAGAUCUCCCUUAUCUUAA